AUGGCACAUGAUAAGAGUAAAAAAGUGUCCAAACCAAGAGGAAGAAUUGCCUGUCAAGACCCCAACAAAACAGAUAAAGCAGGGCGCACAAAAAUCUUUUCAUCAACGAGUUCAGGGAGCUUGGAAAAAGUAAAAGAUCUCGUCGAACGUGGGGCAGAUGUGAAUCACAGAGACAACGCUGGCUGGGCUCCACUCCACGAAGCCGCUCUAAAAGGUCAAUACGAAAUUGCAGAAUAUCUCAUUCAAGCAGGCGCCAUUGUAAAUGUUCGUGGCUUUGAGGAUGAUACUCCUUUGCAUGAUGCUUGUUCGUAUGGAUACGCUGAUUGUGUCAAGCUAUUGGUGGAAUCUGGUGCUGAUGUUUAUGCACUAAACACUGACAAACAAAGACCCAUUGAUCUGUGCGAUGAUAAAGCCUGUAUAAAGAUUGUAAAGGCAAAGAUGAAAGAAUUGGACCACCUGGCUUCAAGAGAUAGCCAUGGCAGAACAGCUCUGCAUCGAGCUUGUAGCGAAGGUGACAUUGACAAGGCCGCCUCACUGCUGAAGAAGGGUGUCAACACCAAUGCAGUGGACAAGGACAAUUGGACUCCAUUGCAUUAUGCUGCUCAGCACGGACAUUUGGAUAUUGCUAAGCUCCUGAUACAACAUGGCGCUGAUAUGAAUAGCUUGGGACAUCAAGGUCUAACGUCACUCCACGUAGCAUGCAAGCAUGGACACGAAAAUAUUGUAAAGCAUCUAGUGAACGCUGGAGUUGAUGUUCAUGCUGUAGACCACAAUGGACAAACGCCCUACCAAGUAUCUGAAUCAAUUGCCGUCAGACAGAUUAUCACAGCAAGAAUCGACCAAGAGCGUAGACUUCGAGCAACCACCGAAGCCAUUGAUGAAAUCACAUUCGUCUCCAACACUAAGCAAAAGCGAAAAAUUAACGAUUCAAGCACAUCGACACCGUCCAAUACGAAUGCCAAAGAAGAUGACACUCUACUGUCACGUGAAGAACGAAAGAUUCAAGCCAUCAUGAAAGCAUUCGAGAAAGCAGAGCAAAAGAAGCAAGCCAAACAAGUCAAAAAAGACGACGAUAGAGCCACAACACCUGUACAUAAUAACAACACCGAUAUAAAUGAAAAUAGCCCUAAAAAAAGGAAAUCACCAUCGCGACAAUCUCGACCAGCAUCAAGAGAAUGUUCUGUAGAUAGCCAAAAGAAAUCAUCAACGGCAGUCCUUGAUACCAGUAAAUUAGACCCUCACAAGAAAGAUACCAGUGGCCGUACACACCUUCAUCGCUGGUCCAUAAGAGGAAACACGCAAGCUGUUGAAGCGUUAUUGAAAGCAGGUGCAAACCCAUGCGAAACAGAUAAUGCAGGAUACACACCAUUGCAUGAAGCCGCACUUCGAGGAAAGACCAAGGUCGUUCAGCUUUUGCUGGAAAGCGAUGCUGAUGUGAAUUGCAAGGGCGCUGAUCUUGAUACGCCACUGCACGAUGCUACCGAGAAUGGCUUUGCUGAUGUGGUCCAGCUGUUGCUUGAUUACGGCGCUGAUACGUUUGCAAAGAACGCCAAAGGACAGACAAGCUUAGAAAUUGCAAUCGAAUUGGAGAAUAGCGAAAUCGAAAGCAUACUGAAGAAGCAUAAAGAUACAAAGCCAAAGAAGAGAAAGCUUGUAUUGGCUGCAAAUCUGGAAACCAGCAAACAGCCCGAAUCACCAACAUCGCCCAUUGGAACAUUUGAUAUGAGCGCGAAGAAGGCACACGCAAGGCAAUUGUCAGGACAACACUUACCAAAGAAAAGCUUAAAAUCUCAUCUCGUCAAAAACGAGGUGCCACCUGAUGGGCCACAUACACCAAUACCGACACCUCCACCAGAACAUUGGCAGAAAGUGGUUAAAAAAGAGGAAGAAGAUAGCAUACGACUAAGCAAUAGUGAAGCCUUAUACCCUUCCAUUCAUUGUGCAUCUCGAUAUCUUCCACUCUAUACCAUCCAGCUACUGACUGAGCAGCAAAGCAAUCUUUUCUUUGUUGUAGAUUUGCAGAUCAGUUUACUACUAGGCAUUAGCAUAUUUCAAUUGACGAGACAGUAUCCUCAUUUGCAACGCCGACAGAUAUCGAACAUAGAGAAGAAAAGGCUGUGGUCGCCUCUGUCGUCUAUGAUAUGCAAUAGCAGUAAUAGUAGCAAUAGCGAAGGCAACAGACUCAACAAGAACAGCGAAAAGCAAAAGUUUUUGGCAACAGAUAUCUACUUUGUACGUCUCGAUCAAAUAGUAUCCAUCAUCAAGGAAGACUAUAGCCAUUUGAGCGAGAGCUUAAUAACAAUUACGCUGGAUAUUGGCUAUACACCGUCCCUGUCUUCAACGACAAAUGACGCUUCAAUAACAAGCGACGAUUGUAUUAAGAAUAACGUGGCUACUACCUCACCAACAACUGCCAGCAACAGCAACUGUAAUUACACCACCAAUAGCAUGAAGAACAAACAGAAUGUAAAAUUGCCUCCCAAGUUUGCCAUGAAGAUGAAAAAAUGCGGCAUGCUUAAAUUCGAUAACAAAAACAGUGCAUAA